GCCAAUAUUUUUUUCCCUCCCAUGCACCCCACUAGAGCAGACAUCGAGAUCGCCAUUUCGUACUUCAUUGUCCUGCCACCUGGGACAGGAAAUAGUGAAAAUGGUCCAAAAAGCAGUUGAUUCCCGGAUUCCCGCCUUGAUUCGCAAUGGGCUCCAAGAGAAGAAGCGAAGCUUCUUCGUCGUGGUCGGCGAUCGCUCCAAAGAUGCCAUAGUCCAUUUACAUUACAUCAUGUCGAGUAUGGACGUACGGCAAAACAAGUCGGUCCUCUGGGCGUACAAGAACAAGCUCCUCGGAUUUACCAGCCAUCGUAAGAAGCGAGAAAACAAGAUCAAGAAAGAGAUACAGCGUGGCACGAGGGAGAAGAAUCAGGAGGAUCCGUUCGAACUGUUCGUCUCUCUCCAUAAUAUCCGAUAUGUGUAUUACAAGGAGACGGACAAGAUUCUCGGGAAUACCUAUGGAAUGUGUAUCCUGCAAGACUUCGAGGCCAUCACUCCCAACAUCCUUGCGCGCACCAUCGAGACAGUCGAAGGCGGGGGCCUGGUCGUCCUCCUCCUCAAGGGGAUGAACAGUCUGAAGCAAUUGUACACCCUAUCCAUGGAUGUGCACUCUCGAUACAGGACAGAAGCCCACGACGAUGUUGCCGCCAGAUUCAACGAGCGUUUCAUAUUGUCUCUAGGCAGCUGCGCAUCGUGCCUUGUCAUUGACGACGAGUUAAACGUCCUUCCCAUAUCGGGCGGGAAAGGGGUUAAGCCCCUACCACCUCCCUCGGAUGAGCCUGAAACUCCGUCGCAAAAGGAGUUGUCAGAAAUCAAGGAGUCUCUUCAGGAUACCCCGCCGGUAGGAUCGCUGGUCCAACUUGCUCGCACACUCGAUCAAGCAAAAGCUCUGCUCACAUUUGUCGAUGCCAUUGCCGAGAAGACGUUGCGUAAUACAGUCACGCUGACUGCUGCGCGUGGCCGAGGCAAAUCGGCAGCGAUGGGCAUUGCAGUUGCGGCGGCCGUGGCCCAUGGCUACAGCAAUAUUUUCAUCACAUCCCCCUCUCCUGAAAACCUCAAGACCUUGUUUGAGUUUGUGUUCAAAGCAUUUGACACUCUGGAUUACAAAGAUCAUACCGACUAUUCCAUCCUCCAGUCCACGAACCCAGACUUCAAUAAGGCGAUUGUUAGGGUGAACAUCCACCGGAACCAUCGGCAAACCAUCCAAUAUAUAAGACCUCAAGACGCUCACGUCUUGGGGCAGGCGGAACUGGUUGUCAUUGACGAGGCAGCAGCGAUCCCCCUUCCACUUGUGCGAAAGCUGAUGGGCCCUUAUUUGGUAUUCAUGGCAUCCACGAUCAGUGGUUAUGAGGGAACAGGACGAUCCCUGUCGUUGAAGUUAAUCAAGCAGCUGAGGGAGCAGUCCAGAGCUGGCGUCGUGACAGAUGGGACUACCGGAGUCGAGGUGGACAGAUCGAGCGGGAAGGUCGCAAAAGACUCGGCCUUCCAGAGCGGACGGUCACUGAAAGAAAUCACCCUGACGGAGCCUAUCCGGUACGGUCCAGGAGACGAAGUCGAGAAGUGGCUAAAUACCCUUCUCUGCUUGGACGUGACGAUCCCAAAGUCCAAAAUCAACACACAAGGGUAUCCGGAUCCCUCCCAGUGUCAACUGCUCAACGUCAACCGCGAUACUCUCUUCUCCUUCCAUCCGGUAUCAGAGCGGUUCUUGCGGCAGAUGAUUGCCCUCUACGUUGCCAGCCACUAUAAGAACUCCCCCGACGAUCUCCAGCUCAUGAGCGAUGCGCCGGCACACGAGCUCUUCGUCUUGACCCCUCCUAUCACCGAAGGCGGCGGCCUGCCAGAGCCUCUCUGCGUUGUCCAGGUCAGCUUCGAAGGGCGGAUCAGUCGGCAGAGCGUCGUCAACAGUCUAAGCCGAGGCCAACGGCCUGCUGGAGAUCUCAUUCCAUGGCUCGUCAGCCAGCAAUUCCAAGAUGACGAGUUUGCCUCGCUUUCAGGCGCGCGUGUAGUCCGAAUUGCGACAAAUCCCGACUAUGUGUCGAUGGGUUAUGGCUCAAGGGCGCUGGAGCUUCUGGUCGACUACUACGAGGGCAAGUUCACGAAUCUAUCCGAGGACGCAGACGCCAAAAAGGCGACCACCAAGACGAGGGCCGUGGAACCAGAGGAACUGGCGAACACCGACCUCCUUCACGAGGAUAUCAAGGUUCGGGACAUGAACAAGAUGCCUCCGCUUUUUGCGACCUUGGCCGAGCGUCGUGCAGAGAACCUCGACUACGUCGGUGUAAGCUACGGCCUCACGAAGCCUCUUCACAAGUUCUGGAAGCGUGCCCAAUUCUCACCUGUGUAUCUGAGGCAAACAGCCAAUGACCUGACGGGCGAGCACACCUGCGUCAUGCUCAGACCCCUGAAGACCCGUGAAAGAGAGGAUGGAAGCUGGCUUGGGGGGUUCGCGAACGACUUCCAACGCCGGUUCCUCUCCCUCCUAUCCUACCAAUUCCGCAACUUCGACGCAGUCCAGGCCCUGAGUAUCGACGAAUCAGCCAAUUCGGGUGCUCAGCUGGAUCCCUCGAACCAAGCUGCCCCGCUCACUAAAUCCGAGCUGGACAGGAUUUUGACGCCGUUCGACCUCAAGCGCCUAGCAUCGUAUGCGAACAAUAUGCUGGAUUAUCAUGUCGUUCUCGAUUUGAUCCCGGCGCUCGCCGAUCUCUAUUUCACGGGCCGCCUCAAAUCCAAUAUCCAACUCAGUGGCGUGCAACAAGCGAUCCUGUUGGCCAUUGGCUUACAGCGGAAAGACAUAGACGUGGUCUCCGCGGAGCUUGCCGUGCCGUCGUCGCAACUCUUGGCCAUGUUCAUCAAGAUCUUGCGAAAGAUAACCGCGCACUUCGAGGCGCUGGUGUCCGAGGCCAUCGAGGCUGAAAUGCCCAGGCCCGAGUCGAUUGGGGUCAGUCGGGAGAACGCCUCCGGAGCGCAUGAAAUAGAAGAGAGCAAGUUUGCGCCUCUGGAGACAAACCUGGAGGACGAGCUGGAGGAGGUUGGGGAUGAGGCGUUGAAAGAUCUGCGAGCGAAGCAGAGGGAACUCAUCGACUCCCUACCGCUUGAUCAAUACGAGAUCGGAGGAGACGUUUCAGCCUGGCAGGAAGCAGAGAAACAGGCUAUGAAGGCGACCAAGAGCGGAAAGGUGAACCCGGUGGUGAGCGUCAAGUCGCAGGCGAAGCGGAAAGCUGGCCCUACAGCUGCAGAGAUAUACGAGGAGGAAUUUGGAGACAAGAAACAGAAGAAGGCGAAGAAGGCCAAGAGGAGCAGGAAUGACUAGAAUACCAUCCAUGUUCUUAUUACUAGGUACUGUGUGCUGUGGGAUUGAAUAACGUGAGUAAAGUCCGAUCACCAGCUAAUCGCCGUGUCCAAUCAUUCAAUCUGGGUUCUGUGUCUAUCACCAUUUUGUGGGUGUUGCGACUUUGCCAUAAUAGGUAAGCGUGAAGAGGCGCUUGGUGUUGAGGGGAAAUCCGGCAAGCUUAGCUUGAC